GGCCUCUUCGCGCAUAUCGGCUCUCCAGCUCCACCGAACUCUCCCUCUCUCUCUCUACGCUUUCUCUCUCUAAAAACUACACUCACACUCUCACUGUUGAGGAAAAUCUUCCAAGAGAAAAUCAAAGGAAUCCGAGUUAUCGUUUGGGUUUUACUCAAAUUGGCCAAACAAAAGCCUUAGCUUCAACCAAAGCAAAAAAUACUCAGUGUCCCAUUUGAUUAUCUUCUUCUGCAUACAUUCUCUGUCCUUUUUUCUUCACCACUUUAUCUUUCUGGUUUCUCUCCAUCCCUCUCUGUUUUCUCUCUUCUUAAUUAAUACACACAUAUAUGUUCUUUUGAGAAAUUACUUUUUCCUUCAACUUUCUCAAUUAAACCGAGAUUUUUGAGCUCCUUUUUCCUGUGCGUCGAUAUUUUCUUUCUCUUUAACGUUGCCCCUUUCUCUUUAUUCUCAAAGAAUCUCUCCUUUAUCUUCGCCCCCUUCACGCCCUUAAUAGCUUUCGCUUUCAAUGCAAAUCUGAAGACAAAAGGAAACUGAGAAAAAAAAUCAAAAAACAUAAUCCCUCUGUUUCUGAGAUGCAAGAGGAGUUAGCCAUGUUCAAGUACAGCGAGCACGUAACGCAGACCACAGUCGUAAAUAGGCGGGAAAAUCCAAUUUCCGGCAGGAAAAGCCCUUUUCCGGCGAGGACGGUGCGAUUCUCCGUCACAGACGCCGACGCCACGGACUCCUCCAGUGAUGAAGAGGAGGGGUUCACCGUGAAGCGCCAGAGAGUGAGAAAAUUCAUCAACGAGGUCAGAAUCCAGCCCUGCUGCAGAGAUGAUAACGGCGUCGUUACCGGGAAUGCCGCCGUUCAUGGAGGUUUGAACGGCGCCGUGAGGGUUAGCCGGCCCGCGCUGAAGCGGAAGAAGAGUGGCGGCGGCGGGAGGACGGCGGCGGCCGGGGGGGCGAGGAAGUUCCGCGGCGUGCGGCAGCGGCCGUGGGGGAAGUGGGCGGCGGAGAUUCGCGACCCCCUGCGGCGCGUGCGGCUGUGGCUGGGGACCUACGACACGGCGGAGGAGGCAGCCAUGGUGUACGACCACGCGGCCAUACAGCUACGUGGGCCCGACGCGCUCACCAACUUCUCGGCUCCGGCGCCGGCUCAUCACAGCAUAGCCAGCUCCGGGUACAACUCCGGCGAGGAGUCGUCGCACAACAAUGCCAAGUCGCCGAAGUCGGUGCUCCGUUUCGUCUCGGCGGCUGACUCCCAAGCCGAGGCGGAAGCGGCGGAGGCGGAAGCCGAAGCCGAGUCGUCAUGCGCCUUCCCGCAAAAUGACGCCGUCGCGAGCGGCGAGAAUGAUGUGGAAAACUUCUCGGACUUCCCGAUAUUUCCAACGAGCGACGAUAUAUUCGCCGAGUUUGAGAAUCCGGCAAGCUUGUUUGAUCAAACGGCGGGUUUCUCGGACGAUAUUUUCGGUAUGGAUUUCUGCAGCAGCGAUUUGCUUAUCGGGUCAAGUACAGAUUUCGGGCUCGGGUCAUCCAGCUGGCAAACCGAUGACUUCUUUCAUGACUUUGGCGAUAUAUUCGGGUCGGAUCCUCUCGUUGCGCUUUGAGUACUGUGUUAAAUAUUGUAAUCUGAGAAAUCAGCGCCAAUUUUGUUGAUUUCUUCGGCAGUUUUGGGAUGAUUUUUAGACUUUAGUGUGUUUUAUUUUAUUUUAUUUAUUUGUGUGGGAAAAUAGACCUGUAGUGACUCUAUAGUUCUAAGUUUAAUGUGAAUUUUUUAAAAUUAUUAGUGAAUUCGAAAUGCUUAUUGUGCUAAUAAA